UGAGCUGCUGUAACCAUCCGCCCGCCCUCCGUCCUGCCGCCGGUCAACCCACUGCUAACGUCUCCGCCGUCGUCACGCCAUUUUCCACUGACGACUGAGAGGAUCGAACCGGCCGGAGAAGAGCGAAUAAUCUGAGCUGUGAACCGCAACAAAUACGACUCCAUCAUGCAUCGUGACUGUCCUCUAGACUGCAAAGUCUAUGUUGGAAACUUGGGCAACAAUGGAAACAAGACUGAGCUAGAGAGAGCAUUUGGCUAUUAUGGCCCUCUCCGCAGUGUUUGGGUGGCGAGGAACCCCCCAGGCUUCGCCUUUGUAGAAUUUGAAGACCCCAGAGAUGCUACUGACGCAGUACGUGAGCUCGAUGGAAGGACUUUGUGUGGCUGUCGGGUGCGAGUAGAGCUGUCCAAUGGUGAGAAGCGCAGCCGUACUCGUGGCGCUCCCCCCUCAUGGAGCAGACGUCCUCGAGAUAGAGAUGACUACAGGCGUCGUAGCCCACCUCCAAGGCGAAGAGCCACCACCAUGCCUCUUCUCACCACCCUCAAUCAACUAGUCCUCUUUCAGCAUCAUGUGACUGCUGACCAUCGUGCCCCAAUCAGCUUGGCUGGUGCUGUCACAUGACCCAGGCAUGGCCAGUCGUCAGGUUGCACCAGCCCAUUGGUUCCUCAGCAUGCCGUUCUCAACCUCCUCCUCCUUCAACCUUAACCCAAACGGCAGCGGCCCACCUCACAUUCCCGACCAAUCAGCGUAUUACGUUCCCAAAUGUCUACAACCUACCAGCAGCAGCCUUCGGCUAACCAAUUAAAGCAGGAAAAAAGCCACAGCCAGCCCCCAUCUGCCUGCCACCUAAUCACCUUGCAGCAUCUGGCCAGUCCUAUUCAGCCAAUUCUACCUACCCGGCCGACAGUCUGCCUCCCUUUCGUCAUAUCUAGCUUGUUGAAAACCAAAAAUACUAGUAAGUUUUCCUGCUUCAUUCAGUACACUGCUGAUUACAGUUUUGAAAGUGAAGAGACAGCUGGUUUAAAAAAGGUUGUUCUUUUUUUUCUUAUUUGAAUCAUUAGUUUGUCAUUUUGUCGUCACCCUUAACUGUAACUUCUUAUUUUAAAGGGCAGUGGUCCAACAUCAAAUGUCUGGAACUUCACAUUUCCAGAGAUUUCGAUUAUAGAUUAUCAUCUGGUCUCUCUUGGGGCUCUGAGCAGAAUUAUGAAGUCACACGAAUCAAAAACUCUUCUCAACCCCCCAGUGGAUACCAAAAACAUUUUUCUGCUUUACGGUUGGUUUUAGCAGAAUUGAGUCUGGUUAUUCUUAAUGACCAGUAUACGAUUUAGUGACUAGCUUCAAAUUUCCUACGUUCCCCUUUAAAGUGAAGUGGACCAGUUUGCACAGAUGGUGGCCUGUGUGUGUCUGUAACUUCCACACUAUGGCCAUUCCCACAGCACAGUGUUAAGAGAGCUGGUAGUCCCAUCCUUUUCCACACUUGUGUAUUCUAAAUUAAAAUACAUUACUUUCGUUAUUUUAUUAAUAUUUUACCUCUUUGCCCAUAGGUUAGUGGUUUUGGUAAGUUGAA